CAGGAGGAUUUGUUGAUGUCACACACGGCGCGUCCCAAGUGAGCAAGCUGAAGCUUAUGGGAAGGUAGAUGCUGGCAGGUCGCUCUUUGCCCUGUAGUAUUCGUUAUAACCCGUGAUGACAUGCCUGGGUAAUGCACAAAAUGAUCGACUGAGUCAUCAGCUCCUACUUUUCCUCCGGCUGUUUCAUUCACUCACUUGGCACGAAAUGAAAUCUCUGCGAUGAGCAUUUUGGGCAUGGGCAGAUGCUCAGUAGGCUGAUGCUAGCUUGCAAAAGCUUGGGGUUGCCUCGGCAACUUACAAAUCGGCCCACAGAACUGAAAGUGGCAGCAGCAGCCACCAGGGAGCCCGGGAGAACGGAGGCAGAGCCGGAGACAUGAGGCGAGACUUGCAGCGCCGGAGGUUGAUAGUCCUCAUUCUGCUAUUUAUUGCAGCCUUCCUAGUGUACAGAUUAUCUCUCCCAUCACAACAAAUUUCCUUUACAAACAUGCCUCGAACGAGUGGCUUGAAGAUUGGAAAUUCUCACUUUUUGUUAAAUGAUAUACCCUACAGAAUUCUGGGUGGGUCUAUGCACUAUUUUAGAGUACCAACGGCGUAUUGGAGAGAUCGCAUGAAGAAGAUGAAGGCCUGUGGCAUUAAUACCCUUACAACAUAUGUGCCCUGGAAUUUGCAUGAGCCAGGGAAAGGCACAUAUGACUUCAAUAACGGACUUGACAUAAGUGAGUUUUUAGCUGUAGCAGGUGAAAUGGGAUUAUGGGUAAUAUUGCGCCCUGGUCCAUACAUAUGUGCAGAAUGGGACCUUGGAGGUUUACCAAGCUGGCUACUCCGUGACAAAGACAUGAAGCUGCGCACAACCUACCCAGGUUUCACUGAGGCAGUAGAUGACUAUUUUAAUGAACUUAUCCCAAGGGUAGCCAAGUAUCAGUAUUCAAAUGGUGGACCAAUAAUCGCAGUUCAGGUGGAAAAUGAGUAUGGUUCUUAUGCCAAGGAUGCUAACUACAUGGAGUUUAUAAAGAAUGCCCUUAUUGAGAGAGGUAUUGUGGAACUCCUACUUACAUCUGAUAACAAAGACGGAAUAAGCUAUGGAAGUCUGGAAGGCGUUCUUGCCACGGUUAAUUUUCAGAAGAUUGAACCAGUUCUUUUCUCGUAUCUGAACUCUAUUCAGCCUAAGAAACCUAUUAUGGUGAUGGAAUUUUGGACAGGCUGGUUUGACUACUGGGGAGGGGAUCACCAUCUUUUUGAUGUUGAAUCGAUGAUGUCCACUAUAUCAGAAGUGCUUAAUCGUGGAGCCAACAUUAAUUUGUAUAUGUUCCAUGGCGGAACUAAUUUUGGAUUUAUGAGCGGAGCUCUGCACUUCCAUGAAUAUCGCCCAGAUAUUACCAGCUAUGAUUAUGAUGCCCCACUUACAGAGGCUGGUGAUUAUACAUCCAAAUUUUUUAAGAUCCGAGAACUUUUUGGCGAUUACAAUGCGGAAAAACCUCUUCCACCAGUGCCAAGCCUUUCCUUAAAGGCUUCCUAUGGUCCUGUAGAACUGAAACGCUGUUUGCCUUUGUGGGAAGUUUUGCCCUUUGUAGAAGAGCCAUUUAAAUCAGCAGAACCAGUAAAUAUGGAAAACCUACCAGUGAACGAUGGAAAUGGGCAGUCAUAUGGAUAUACCUUGUAUGAGACCAUUAUUUACGGAGGAGGAAAAUUCCACACCAAGGGAAAUAUUCAUGACAGAGCCCAGAUAUUUGCUAGCAGCCAGUCUAUUGGCACAGUAGAUUAUAAAAAGGAAGAACUGGAUAUUCCUGAGGUUCCGGCUUACAGAAAACUGUCAAUACUGGUAGAGAACUGUGGAAGAGUGAAUUAUGGACCCAUGAUAGAUAAUCAGCGCAAAGGUAUUGUUGGCGAUGUGUAUCUGAGAGACAACCCUUUAAAGAAUUUUAAGAUAUACAGUUUGGACAUGAAUUCAACUUUUAUGAACAGAAUUAAUGAAGUUCACUGGUCUGACCUAUCGGAGUGCAAAUCAGGGCCUACAUUCUACCAAGGUGCACUGCAUGUUGGGCCUACACCAAUGGACACCUUUCUUAGGUUGCAGGGGUGGAAAAAAGGAGUUGUGUUUAUAAAUGGCAAAAACUUGGGACGUUAUUGGGAUAUUGGACCUCAGGAGACUCUUUUUAUCCCAGCACCCUGGUUAUGGCCAGGGGUCAAUGAAAUUACAAUAUUUGAAGAGUAUGCGGCUGGCUUGACAUUGUUCACUUUGGACACGCCGAUACUUGGAAAAACACAGUAUGUGGAAUAACUGCUGUCACAUAAAUCUAUGAAAGAAGAAUCAUCCCUAAAAUCAUCAAAUGUCAUCAGCUGACAGUACUGAGGAUUCCUAUUCAGAAUACACAAAAUCACUUUUUAUUAGGGAGCAUGUGAAGCUGACCCUCAAGGCAAUAACAAACUAAAAUAUGGAAAUAAAGUCCUGAUUUCUGAAAAAGGGGAACCACCACUAAAUUAUGAAAGUCUAGAUUUAAUUUUUUAAAUUUAUUUAUAAAAAAACGUGGGCACUUAAGGGAUAUUUCACAACCCGAAUCAAAAUUUCACAGCAACUCGUUAGUUUUGGGCUAUUUAGUUGAACUAUGGCAAGCAAUUUAUAAUGGCAAAGAUAUAAUCAAGAACAAAUGUUUACUCUUCUCCAACACUCCUCAAUCUUUUGGAUUUAAUACUAGACAGCCUUCUUGCUGCUGUUGGUUUAAGCAGUUGGGUUUAUCAGGUUUAUGCAAUGUGGCCUUUAUGUCUUCCAAGUGAUCAAUCUUCCUACAGGUUUAGAAUGAAAACAAAUCAAACAAAAGAAACCAAUGCUUGAAACUGUAUUUCCAAAGACAGCCUACUGUGUGCUUAACGCCAUAGUCAUUCUUUUAAAAUGUGCACUGCUGUGGGCUAUGCCCUUGCCCAGUGUAUUUACUCAGGGGUAAGUAAAGACACUUCCUGUCUGUACAAAUAUCUUCUUUAAUUUAUUUAUUUAUAAAAACUGAGCUGCUUGGAUGUAUUUAAUUUAAACAUAAAAAUGUGAUUGAAUGCCACGUGUCUGCCUGUUGUGUGUCAUUUUAUUUUCCCAGCCCCCUCCUAAUACUAACUCUGCUCAGUUAAUUCAGGUCUUGGCCACCUCUACAUCAAAAACUUUAUGCAAAGCUAUUUAAGAGAAUGUUACUUCAUCCCCAAUAAUGCCUGCUAUCUGCAAAUGUGCCUUUAGUCAUCGAGCCUGCUAACUUGUGGUUAUCUUUCAUUCUGCAUCUACUUUUACUACGUACACUCAUUUCCUACCUAAAUCAAUUGCUUUCUGCUAUUGAAUAUCUCUAAAAUGCAAUUGUGACUAACCAAAGAUGCAACAAAAAUGUAUUAUAUCAUAACAUCAUACAUUGAUAAUUGUAAAUUUCCGCUAACUGUCCUUUAUUUUCCUUAUGCUUCUGCUUCUUUCCAGCUUGAAAUUUAAAAUGCAAUCUGCUUGACAGGGUCACUGACCCCAACAACCAAAAAUAAUUCCUCUGUGACACCUGUUAUUGUUAUAUUUUCACUAUACGUUAUAUAUGGGCCCUCUCCUAGCCUCUCAUUCAAACCUCUGCCUGCUUGCUAGGUUAAACACACUUCUAGCAACCAGAUAUAUUAUGAAAUUCUAUAAAGGUAUGGGACCCCUUAUCCGGAAACCCAAUAUCCAGAAAGUUCAGAAUUACAGAAAGCCUGUCUAACUCCAUUUUAAUUAAAUAAUUCAGAUUUUUAAAAUUGAUUUCCCUUUUCUCUGUAAAAAUAAAACAGUACUUUGUAUUUGAUCCCAACUAAGAUAUAAUUAAUCCAUACUGGAUGCAAAAUAAUCUUAUUGGGUUUAAUUAAUGUUUAAUUGAUUUUUUAGUAGACUUAAGGCAUGAAGAUCCAAAUUACGGAAAACCCCUUAUCCAGAAUACCUUUGGUCCCCAGCAUUCUGGAUAACGGGUCCUAUACCUGUACUGGCGAGCUGCUAAACAAAAGAACUAAUUCAGGAACCAUGAAAAAUUAAAUUGAAUACCAAAUAUUAAUUGUCUGCAUCAUACAACAAUUUUUUUUUAAAAUUGAAAUGACCCUUUAAUAAUCCUAUUUGAUUUUUAAAGCUUUGCACUGAUUCCCUUUGCACAUCUGUUGUCUUAGUUCCUCUUGUAGAUUGUUGUAAGUUUUCCAAUAAUGGGCCCUCUGCACCUGUUCCAUUGGAAUGUAUUUGUAUAUGUAUAUGCCUUACUCUUAUUGUGCUAUAUGUGUCAUGUUUGUGCUUUAUAUAUACCUGAUAAUAAAAAUCACAAUAUUAAAGGGAUUGCAUACUUGUAAACACUGA